AAGAGCAAUUAGAAAUUCUGCUUACAAGGGUUGGACCAACUCAAUUCGCCUAACAUCGAAUAUCAACCCUACGAAUCUUAAUAAGCAUCAUAAGGAGCCACUACCAGGACAUCUUUAACGGAGAGUAAGAAUAUGCAAAUGAUAACCACUUUUGGACUAUGCUAUUCAUUGGGCCAUUGAACUCGGAGUAGAAGAUCGAGAAUGUGAAAGUUUUGUGUUACCGCUUUGGCUGGGUUCUUAAGUACAUGAGGACUGGAACACUUUCCCCGGAGGCGGUCUUGGCUCAGGACAUCAUGCGAGAAGCUCUUGAAGAGUCCGUUUUAGCAAGGAUACAACACCCUUAUAACUACGACGUAGGUGUUUCAGCGUCUAUAUAUCUGUACCCAGACCUUGAUACAGAAUGGGUCCAGAAACUUUUCAUCUCUCAUAGCGACCGCGGUAAACUCGACGCUAGAUUGAAACGUGAUCUGCCUUCUUGCAGCUUUUACGCUUUCUGCGACCUCUAUGGCAUACUGAUACCCCAGCUCUGGGAAGAGUCUGCCUUGCGAUUCAAGUUCAUGGUUGACCCGGUCUUUGCCUCAGGACCACUGCCUCUGGACCCAGCCUUGACAGCACAGCCAGCGGCGCUACGUGUCAUGCGCAACGUGUGGAGAGGCCCGCGGGAGCCUCAUCAGAGAGAGGGGGGAAGAAUUCUGCUAAAGAAGAUGUGCUUACGGGUAACCAUAUUACUAUGUAGAUACCGAGAAUCCCGUUUGUAUCUUUAAAUAAUUCUAUUGUUUGUCGCUUCUGAUGGCAGAUUUUUAUUCCUGGUACGCUUCCGAGUCUGGAUAGGAG